UCCUCUUUUAGUCACACAGCCUUCGCAGCUUCCCCGCUCUUCCCUUCCAAUCGAGAGAGAAACCCUCCAACCGAGACAACACCGAGCGGCAUCGAUGGCUCCCAAGGCCGAGAAGAAGCCGGCGGCGAAGAAGCCCGCGGAGGAGGAGCCCGCGGAGAAGGCGGCCGCGGCGGAGAAGGCUCCCGCGGGGAAGAAGCCCAAGGCGGAGAAGCGGCUCCCCGCCGGCAAGUCCUCCGCCGGCAAGGACGGCGACAAGAAGGGGAAGAAGAAGGCCAAGAAGAGCGUGGAGACCUACAAGAUCUACAUCUUCAAGGUGCUGAAGCAGGUGCACCCGGACAUCGGCAUCUCCUCCAAGGCCAUGUCCAUCAUGAACUCCUUCAUCAACGACAUCUUCGAGAAGCUCGCCGCGGAGGCCGCCAAGCUCGCCCGCUACAACAAGAAGCCUACCAUCACCUCCCGCGAGAUUCAGACCUCCGUGCGCCUUGUCCUCCCCGGAGAGCUCGCCAAGCACGCCGUUUCCGAGGGCACCAAGGCUGUCACUAAGUUCACCUCGUCCUAGGCCGUAGGCUCCUUUCCCCUCCCUGUAUUGGUAGUUUAUAGACCUGGCUGGUAUGGUGUAGUGAAGUCCUGUGGUGGCUUCUGACUAUGUCUGGUUCUUGUAUGAAAGUGUUAUGGUUGAUCUGGAACGCAA